GAAAAAGCGAAGGUCGUAAAAAAACUGCAACAUGGCAGCCACCGCUACGACAGGUCGAGGUAUGGCUGUUGUUAGGAGUAUAACCAGGCUGCUACACUCAAGGUUACCGGUUCUGGUUGGUGGCCCUCAGCAGCUCUCAUGCUUCCACACCAGCACAUCAUUGGAGGCAAAGAACUGGGAGAGGAAGAACCUACAGGUGUUUCCUCCGCAGCUUCCAGACGAGCCCCGCAGACCAGCUGAAGUUUUCCACUCCAGGAGACAGAUUAAAUACAGCAAAGACAAGAUGUGGUACCUCGCAAAAAUGAUCCAGGGGAUGAGCAUCGACCAGGCCGUCGCUCAGCUGGAGUUCAACGACAAGAAAGGAGCUAAGAUCAUGAAAGAGGUUCUUCUGGAAGCUCAGGAGAAGGCGGUGAAGAAUCACAACGUAGAGUAUAAAUCUAACCUGUAUGUAGCCGAGUCCUACUCCGGCAAAGGGAAGUACCUGAAGCGGAUCCGUUACCAUGGCAGAGGGAUGUUUGGCAUCAUGGAGAAAGUUUACUGUAACUACUUUGUUAAACUGGUGGAGGGAUCGCCUCCUAAGACGGAGGAGAAGACGAGCUUCGACCAGGCUAAAGAGUACGUGGAGAGGCUGAAGAACCGAACCAUCAUCCACAGUCUAUAGAUCAGACAUCCAGCAACUUAUCAUAACUAUUGUUUCUCUCUGUGUGAAUGUUUCAUUUGAUAUUUGUAAAUAAAUUAACGAGUGAUUUAAUUCUAA